AUGGCAUCAUCACCGUCUUUUGCCCCAGAUAAUUUGUACCGCUCUUACAAGAAAAGCACCUCCUCUGUUGUCAAAUGGCUCAUAUCCUGCUCUGGAGCCUCCCCAGAAGUGUCAUCCAUGUCACUCAAAGAUAUGAAAGCUGCGGCUCAGAAAGUUCGCGCGUCGAAGACUGAGAUCCCCUCUGCCAUAUAUUGGGCAUUCCGGGAUGCUAUAUCUAAUAGAACGCUGCUUACGGAGCUCCACAAAAGCGACGGUUCGGAAUCGGAUGAUGCUAGUAACGCCUCGCAUGAGCACUUUACGAAAUUGCUAAAGGAAAUCUUUGAUAUUUUGUUUCCCAAAGUCAAACGAUCCACCGCAGUCUCAGAUCGGAAUAUUUUCGGCGAAAAAAAUACUGUAGCCAAUCUGUACGAGGUUCUUGAUCUCGAAGACUUGAUCGACGAGGAAGAGGAGCAGCACUUGUACGGAGAAAAACCAGUCAAACUCUUAAUCGAAGAGGAUCUCAGAAGACAGGGCUUCAUUGGCGAAGAAGAGGACGGAGCAGCCAUUACUGAAGAUUUUCUGGAGAGGCACCUCCGAUGCAAGUUCUACUAUGACUAUCAGUCGGAGCUUCAAGAGAUCUUUGACAAAGCGAAUGAAGUCUGGGAGAGGGCCGACUCAAGCCCCUGGGACCUGCUCAUCAAGGCGUGGCUCACAAAUGUAGCCUUCGCCUCGGUACAGGAACUAUCGACAAUGACUUCGACGUUUCCCGAGCGAUUUGGGAUUCCUAACCAUGAAGAGUUCCUCCAUCGACGCAGCGAACUGAUAUCGACCAUGGAGGAGAAUGUUGGAACACUCAUCAAAUACGACGGCACUACCACUGAUAGGGGUUCCGACUUUUUUGGUUGUGCAGAGGCCUUCAACGCACUGCAGAAAUUCCAAACUCGAAAACGCCGAGUGCCUCAGAGCCCAAAUUCCCAAAGCAUCAAGGUCGAGAACCCUAAAGACUUGGUUCCAAUCGGGACUUUACCAUUCAAACACAUACCGAAUGACGAGCGCAACACUCGUUGUAUGCUCUCCAUGCUCGAAACCAUGGCUAGCUAUGAAGGCGGGACGGGCAACCCCGUGCAGGCGCCCUUCCAUAAAUACGUUGCCAAUCCGGCCAUAGGAGGAACCAAUGUCGUUCUCGGUAUGCAACUUUGGAUCUCCACCUUCAGCACCUACCUUGCCACAACCCAAGGAUCACCAGCGGUCGAUUGCCGAAUCAUGGUUCUGAGAUUCGCGAAGAGCAUUCAGAAUGCUGUGCGACCCCUGAUCAGCCACUUCUCGACGCAGCACCUGAAAUCGCUGAGAGACCUCUCGCAUAGUCUGAACGUCUAUCUUUCCGACAGACGAUUCGAUCUGUACUACCGAUCGCCGUGGGUAGCCGGUACGCAUAUGUCUGAGCUCCUUGCAGAUGUAUACGGCGAUAGCAUGCCCUUAAUUAAGCACUACGGCAUUAUCACCGCAGUCCUACAUCUCUACAACGUCCUCAUUCGGCUCGACAUGAUCAACCCGACAGAUCUCCAACUACUCGAGCUCCUCUGCGGCUCUCUCGACGAAAUCUGCUUCCGCGGCAAGCGUCCCGAAUCCAGUUUCUCAGAGAAUCUGGUAGCGGCUGUUGGACGCAGCGCAAGCGACUCAAAGAAGCCUAGCCGCAGGCAGCUGCCAGUUCACCUUCCAUGCGCCAGCGAGCACAAUAGACAUUUCGACAUGAAAAAGAAACAUUCAACGUUCUAUUAUCUACGCAGAAUGAGCUAUCGCACAAAUAGCUCGAUUGUGUGUCAGAUAUACGAUGAAGGAGAGUCAACGAAAGCUGUGCCACUUGCUCUAGAAAAGCUCCGCGGCAUUGCAGAAGCCGAGUUCUAUUUCGGUCAAUUUCCGCUCGUCCGCACGAACUGGUUCGCUGUUUACCUCCUCUGUGUAAAAAUAUUGGAUAGGUACAUGCAGUUGUGGCAAGAGUGCCACGAGGAUGGUGAUCCGGCUUGCUACGGCGAUUGUUGCACAGGAGUCCUGGGUGUGGGCAUGACCAUGGAGCUUGUGGAUGAUUGGAAGAAUGGGGUUCACAAGGCGCGCAGUCAGGGUCCUUUGAAAGAGCUCUGGGAGCUUAGGCUUGGGCGACAAGCGCUCUUGGAAUGCGCGAAGGAUCUUAAGCCUGAGGACUUUCAGUGGAGCAUUUGA